ACUUCCUCUAAAUCGCCACAAAAGCGCUGCUCGGACUCGUUAGGAGAUGCGGCGGCAGACCGAUCUGCUGAAAUAUAUGAGCCAGAAAGCAGUGAUGAUGAUGGUGGACUGGAGGAAGACGAAGUGUUUACGCAGUUUGGUGAAGAUGACGCAGUUUUCAGUUGCGAAGUAGAUGAGGAUGUAGUAGAUAUUAAAAAUGUUGUCACCCAUACUCAACUCAAAGUCUCCGAACUUGAAUCGUACGCUGCUUGCUUCGCAGAAUAUCAGAAUGGUGCACAUGCGAAACGUCCAGCUACUUCAGUUGCAUAUCCGGAGCUUUUCCAACGUAAUGCUCAGGUGGGCUUUGCAUUUGUUCAAACCUUUUGCGAAAAAUUUAAAUGUUCUAGGCUACACGAUCGGGAAGUAGUUGUUCACGAAAUAGCUCGAGCAAGAACAAGCACCGCAUUUCGACCGAGAGUGGUUUACGAUUUGGACAGUUUUGCUAAUGAGGAGAAAAGAAGUCAAGUGUCUUCUAUCACUUUGACGAACAAUGAUUCUGUCAGAGCUGGUCACGUUGAUAAAAAAGUGGAUCAUCUCCUAUUUGAAAGUCGUUUUGAAUGCGGGAACUUGCGUAGAGCAACUCAGGUUGGACCUACUCACUAUGAACUAAUUCUGUCACCAGACAUAAAUCAGAAGAAGGAGCAUUACCAGUGGUUUUAUUUCGAGGUUUCGAAUGUAAUAAAUGAUGUUCCAUAUACGUUCGAGAUAAUUAACUGUUUGAAGACUACCUCCAUGUAUAGCAAAGGAAUGCAACCUGUUAUGUACUCCGUAUGUGAUGCAUUGGCUGGACAUCGUGGAUGGGUUCGAGCUGGUGAUUGUGUUUGUUACUAUCGAAAUCUAUACACUUCUGGGGAAGAUAGUGAUGUAGACGAAAGCAAGUCUAGAAAACGGGGCUUUUACUCGAUUCGCUUCAAUAUAACAUUUCAUAAUAAAGGGGAUAUAUGCUACUUUGCUUACCAUUUCCCGUAUACAUACUCAUUUUUAAAGACCAGUUUGUCGAGGUAUCUCUCUCAAAUACCUUCAAAUUUGUACUACUCGAACGAUACCAUAGGAGAGUCUCUUGGUGGCAAUCCAUUGAACCUACUUACUAUCACUGCCCAAGGUUCACGAGAGCAGGUCAGCAGCCGGGAUAUCGUAUUCUUGAGCUCGCGUGUCCAUCCCGGAGAGAGCAACUCAAGUUGGAUGAUGCAUGGUAAGUGCUUUUUUCUUGAGCCUUCUGCAAAUUUCUGCACAAUAAAAGACCUCGCCCUUAUCACUAAUUACCAAAUAAAACAAGGAAACAGUUCUAAGCAUGUAAAAAUUAAAUUAAAAUGA